AUGCUCCCCUCACGGCGCUCGGAGACAAAGAGGUCUCCCAAGGCGAGAUUGCAGCUGAAAAUCUCGGAGAUCAAGGCAAAUGAGAAUGAUUCAGACGAUGAUGACUUAAGGGGACGAGAUGGUAUAAAUACUGGUCUCGCUCGCAGGAGACAUGGUAGCCAUGACGGUAACAGGAGUGGGAGUAGGGAUCGCCUGGCUCGUAGGAGACACGGCGGUAAUGACUCCGGCAAUGACACAGACCGUGAUAGGGCUGUACUUGCUCGUAGAAGACAUGGCGGUAAGGACAUGUCGUUGGAUAUGUGGAGCAGAAGCAGGAACCGUCUGGCACGCAGGAGACACGGAGGCAACGACUCCGGUAACGAUACGGACCAUGACAGGGCCGUUCUCACUCGCAGACGCCACGGUGGGAAUGACUCCGGUAACGAUACGGACCAUGACAGGGCCGUUCUCACUCGCAGACGCCAUGGCGGCAACGACUCUGGUAACGACACGGACCAUGAUAGGGCUGUUCUUGCUCAAAGGCGACACGGCAGCAAUGACUCUGGUAAUGACACGGAUCACGACAGGGCUGUUCUUGUCCGCAGAAGACACGGCGGCAACGAUUCUGGCAAUGACACGGACCACGACAGGGCUGUUCUUGCCCGCAGAAGGCACGGUGGCAACGACUCUGGAAAUGACACCGACCGUGACAGGGCUGUUCUUAGCCGUAGGAGACAUGGCGGCAAUGACUCUGGUGGCGAAAGGAGUAGGAGCAGAAACCGCCUUGCUCGCAGGAGACACGGUGGCAACGACUCCGGUAAUGACACGGACCAUGACAGGGCUGUGCUUGCCCCCAGAAGACAUGGCGGUAAUGACUCGGGUAAUGAUACAGACCAUGACAGGAUCAGAGAGGUCGCUCGCCUUGCGCGCAGGAGACAUGGCGGUAACGAUUCUGGAGGCGAAAAGAGCAGGAGCAGGAACCGCCUGACGCGUAGGAGACACGGUGGCAACGACUCGGGACACGAUAGCGACCGCGAUGAGAGGAUAGUUCUUACUCGCAGGAGGCAUGGAGGCAACGACUCUGGCUCCGAGAGGAACAGGAGCCGUGAUCGUCUUACUCGCAGGAGGCACGGCGGCAACGACUCUGGCAAUGACAGGAGCAGGAGCAGGGACCGUCUUGCUCGCAGGGCUCCAAGGCACGGUCACGACAGUGGACAUGACAGCGACGGUAACGACUCUGACCGCAACCGCAACCGCAACCGCAACCGCGCUGUCCGUCGCAACAGUGCCUUACUGGAUUAG